ACAGAAAAAAAUUGCAAAAACAAAUACAGGAACACUAGUGAAAGUGUUUGGAGUAUUAGUGAAACUGUGAAUAACACGAGUGAUUCCGGGUGAAUGGCAGUGUUAAUUUGAAUUGAGAGGCGGCAAACAAACACAUAAUUGGGAAAGCAUGGAAGGCAGUGAAAGCGAAGCCAUCUUUGAUUCUCUCAACCUCAAUCCCCAACUCUUUCUCAACGAGAUUUUCAAUCGACUCGACGAUUUAGUCGAUGGCGCCUUCCAUUGCUUUCAUCAGGAGGCUUCAACUGGACUCAAAAUUGAGGGCACUGAUAGAGCAGAUGAGCUGAAGAAGGGUGUAGUUUAUUUACAGAACAGGAUUCAUUCGGCUUUGGAUAGGCCGUUAACUAUGUGGGAAAAGUAUUGUUUGCGCCAUUGUUUCGCUGUUCCUCUAGGAUUCACGCUGCCCGCAAAUAAUGAAUCAACUGGUGAAGUAGCUAUGGAUGUUGAUGUCACUGAUGACACAGAGCUGGAUUUGCAGUUAAACUCCUUGAGGAAAAGGCUUGUUUUGGUUGGAAAAGAAUCUGCAGAGCUGAACAGAGAGCUUAGAAUGCUGGAAAGGCAGUCGUCGUUGAGCAACCAAUGUUCAAGGUCUUUAGAUGAAGCAGUACAGUUGUGUGGACAAUAUUUUGACCUAGACAUGUUUGAAGAGUUAAAGAAAACUGCAUCACAGCUUCGUACAAAGUUGGAGAAGCUGAAGACGAACAGAGUGGAAGAAAAUGACUGUAUUAUAAUGAACAGAAUGCAUACAUCUGAUGGAACUCUGUUUGGGGUUAAUCAUGGAAAUGGCCUGGCAAAUACAACACUUGAAGAGCUUCAACAGUUGAUGAAUGAUGUAUAGUUUCAGGUUGUAUAUAUACACCUUUGGCAGUUCUGUCUUAAGGUUUGUAAGACUACAAGUUUGUCUGGGGAUUGCACCCUAUUUGUGUGUACACCUUUGCUAAAAACCAUAUAAAUAGAGUAACAACUUAAGUUACUAGAAAAUUACUGUGUUUUCUAAUGUUUUUUAUGUGUCAAGAGUGUUCUGUAAUGUUUUAUUAUUAUAAAUUUGUUAUUACUAU